AUGAGUGAAACUUGGGAAGUAUUAGUUCAGAAGAAGCAGGCAGAUGAGGCAGCCAAGAUUCCCGCCGAAUGGAGACUUCCAGCGGAAUUUACGAAGGACAUCUCGGAGACUGAAAGCACCAAUGUUUUGGAUGUCCCUCGUCGCUGUGGUAUUCUCUCUGAGAAACAACUGGAUAUUACCGAGAAAAAUGAUGCCACUUCUCUUCUGGAAAAAAUCCAUCGCGGUGAGCUGUCGGCUUAUGAAGUGACUGAAGCUUUUUGCAUUCGCGCAGCGAUCGCACAGCAAGUGACACGCUGCCUUACAGAAACACUUUUUGAUCGAGCUUUGCAGCGAGCUAAGGAUCUAGACGAGCAUCUAAAGACCACAAGCAAGAUAGUCGGGCCGCUACAUGGCUUGCCUAUCAGCUUCAAGGACUGCUUCAACAUUGAAGGUGUCUGCUCUACCAUUGGCUUUACCUCUUUUAUCAACAAUGGUCCUGUUAAAUCCAACUCUGCUAUCGUGGAGAUUUUGGUGGGACUGGGAGCUAUUCCCUAUGUGAAGACUAAUAUUCCCCAGACAAUGAUGGCUGCAGACUCCCACAACUAUGUUUUUGGCCGAACACUAAACCCCAACCGAUCUAAUAUCGGAGCUGGUGGCAGUUCUGGGGGAGAGGGAGCAUUAAUUGCCAUGCGAGGGUCGGUGCUGGGCGUUGGAACCGAUAUUGCGGGAUCAAUUCGAAUUCCGGCCAUCUGCAAUGGCGGGUUUGCCUUUAAACCCUCGACUGAUCGUAUUCCAUAUGCUGGACUUACCAGUCCCGGUCGUCCUGGCCUUACUGGUAUCAAGCCUUCUGCCGGUCCCCUGGCAACAUCUGUCCGGGACCUUGAGCUUUUCAUGCGCCUUGUGACGAAUGAAGAUCCUUGGAAAGUCGACUCAUCUAUCAUUUUCUCUCCCUGGAGACCGGUAAAGAAAUCAACAGACCCGCUUCGAAUUGGUUAUAUUCAGGAGGACAGGCUCUGGCCGGUCCAUCCCCCUGUUCUAAGAGCUUUGACUCAAGCACGGUCGAAGCUUGAAGAGGCUGGCCAUCAGGUCAUUCCCUUGGAUACCCCUUCACUCAAUGACGCCACUCUGCUUUCCUUCCGUAUGUUCUCGAUGGAUCCGGGAGCAACGGCCUUUAAACAUAUUGCUGCCAGUGGAGAGCCGACAAUCCCUGCGUUGGCCUCAACAUCCUUACCGCACAAAUAUAUGCCAUACGAUUUUGCUCCGAUGACACUGGAAUCACUCUAUGACUUGAACGUUAGCCGAAUCAAGUUCAAAGAAGAGUUCCGGUCUCUCAUUAACGAAGCAAACUUGGAUGCAAUUAUCAUGCCAGGUUAUCAGGGCACGGCUCAGCCUCAUGAUCUGUAUGGAUUUCCUCCGUACACUGUGCUAUGGAACCUCAUGGACUAUCCCGCUUGUAUCAUUCCGUUUGGAAAAGCAGAAUCGAGCCAGGAUGCCGCCUACUUGCGCGAUGUGGAGUACAAGCCCCCAUAUGAAGCCGAGUCCGUCGAAGGUGCGCCGUGUUGUGUUCAGUUAGCGGGUCGGAAUAUGCACGACGAGGAAGUGUUGCAGAUCGCUGAAAUCGUUUCAAAGGUGCUUGGAAACUGA